ACGUUCAAAAUCGUCCUCCAAACCUCGGGACAUGUGGUCACAAAUUGCCGUGUGAGGAAAUGUGCUCAGUGGACACGAGCCCUAUUCAAGAUGUUUGGUGGUUGCGACAACCACUUUCAGUUACAAAAUUAUGCGUGCGGCAUUGAGGAAAAAUCCCACCGAGUCUGACAGCCAUGGGAAACGUUUGUGGUGGCAGCAAGCUCCAGGUACACAUCCAAGAGAGUUUUACUUACGAGACCAUUUUAGACCGCUACAUCGAUGCACACUUACAGGAACUCAUUGCAAAUGCUAUGCACCUGACUGAACGAUGCUCUACACAACCGACGAUCGACACAUCGACCUGGGCAGACCCGUCCAGCCUCCAGGUGACGGACCGGCUGGAACGGCGCCUCUCCAUGCGGCAGGAGCGACGCCAGUCGCAGGAGCAGGACCAAACCCUCUUCAAAGUGCCGCAAAGUGACGCCGAGCACCGCGGCUCCGACAAGCACCUGCCCGACGCUGCCCAGGAGCGGCGCGGGUCUCAGUCUGACCUCGUUCAGGAGCGGAGCGGAACCGCGGCGCUGCCCGCCAAACCCAGUGGAUCAGCGGCCGCGCAGAGGCCGUCGGGGGGCCUGAGCUCGGCAGCGGCGCCCGAGGCCGAGGUGCCCGUCAGGAAGACGCCCUCGCUGCCGCCGGUGGGACGGCGGUCGCUGCUGCAGGCGACGCCGGCCGAGCCGAACCGAGACGAGGCUGCGUCGCCGACAACGCCCGCGACGCGUUCGGACGGGGGUGGCGUGGGGCCUAGGUCGUUGCCGCCCAUCUAGGGCCUCGAGUCAGGUCGCGAGAG